CGCACAUGCGCAGGACCCGAGCAGCUCUGACAACCCUAAGCUUUGGCUUUUUAGACAGGCACCGUUAUUAAGAUUUCCAGUUUUCCAAAGGAAACCUGAAGGCACCCCUACCUAAACAGAGCAGAGCACGCCAACUGAAAACGGACGGAUUAAAAGCAGAAUUCCAUCUGUGAUCCACUGAAUUCCUAUCAUGACGUCAACGUCUGUCACCACCGUGGGUGGAGUGGUUAUCAUUACACAGGUCAUCCCUAAAGAUGACCGCUCCAUUCCCCUAGAGACUUCUGCCAACCCCACAGAUCAGGUGCCAUCCCCUGUCCUGAAGACCCCUCCUGCCCCCCCUAAGAAGGACAGCAAGGAGACGAUCUUCCUGCAGGGGGAGUCCAUGGGCCUUGGGGUCGUUCAGAUCUUCAUUGGUGUGCUCUGUGUCCUCUUCAGUCUGACAGUCUUCUUCUCCGAAGCUCUGAUCCAUUACGCUCCGUUUGGCUUUGGUGUUUCGUUUGUGGUGUCUGGCUCUCUGGCUCUGGCAGCAGGACGACGCACUUCCGUCAAACUGGUCUGGUAUUCUCUGGUGUCCAAUGUGUUCAGUGUCCUGCUUGGCCUGGCGGGGGUCAUCUACGACUGUUUUCUUCUGGCAAGUGGACCCACCAAGGUUUUCUGCGAGUUUGACACUCCGAAUACCCCUAAGCCUUCAGGAUGGGAUGACAAAUGCUCCCGACAACUGUGGAGACUCGAGGUGCCCAUUUACGGACUCCUAGGCUUCUUCCUGGUCCUGCUUGUCCUGCAAGUUUGUGUCUCUGUCACUGUGUGCGUGUUCUCUAGAAGAGUCAUCAGAAGCAGCAAGCAUUACUUCCUCAUGGAGGAGCACUAUGACCAGAGAUCUCCGAUACUUGCUUGAUCAUCUGAACGCAGCAGCCAAAAAGAAUCCCUCUGAGGAAAAACUGAAUGAUAUUGUUUAAUAAAAGCAACUGAUAAAAACAGUAAAACCACUAUUAAUCUUCCAUACUCUACUAUAAUCUUUUUGUUUUUUGCAUUGUUUGUUCUGCUAGCAAAUUUUUUUUAUACUAGAAAUUUAAUGCACUUUGUUAAAAGGCUCUAUGUGUCUACACCUUGAAGCUUUCUCUCUCAGGUUCUUUUUCCUGAAAAGAGAUCACUAACGACAAUCAGAGAAGUUGCUUAGAAUUACAGAAGGCAGUUGCAUAUCCCCGGGCUAACCUCUCAGGAAGUGACCCAGAUAAACAGUUAAAAAGGCAUUUUAUACAUCUCCAGUCUGCCACAUCAUCACAUUUUACAUCAUACAUGUUAGCAGAUGAGGAGACAUCCAUGGCUCCAGCCUUAUCAAAAUAUUAUCAAAAUAAUAUCAAAAUAUUACCCUUUGUUCUUAGCUGAAGGACACCUCUCUCAAUCUAUUCCCAAAUAUUUGCCAUGUACAGAAUGAAGAUUGUAACUGUAUAUCCGGAAAGAGAAUCUGUCUUAAUUAGAUAAACCACUGGGAAAAACAUCAGUUUUGAAACGCAAAGGACAGCUAAUAUUAAGUUGUAAUAAACUUGCACAUCAUUAAUGAUAAUUAUCCUAACAGCUUUGUUCCUGCUGCAGGUUGGGGUUGCUUUGAAUUCUCUUAUUUGUCUUCUUUGCUUCUAAUAUAAACAACCAAACAAUUUUUGUAUCUUAUGAAAGAUGGAAAUGUACAAUAUAUAAAGGAUAAUAAACUCGCUUUACAAAACU